AGCGGGUGCGCAGCUGGCGCUGUCAGUCGCGGCCCAAGAUGGCGGCGGCCGGGGGCGGAUGGAGGCGCUGGUGACGGUGCGGAGACUCGCCGCCGUGUGUACCAUGGGCGCCAAUGCCUCUGCUUUGGAGAAAGAGAUUGGUCCUGAGCAGUUCCCUGUGAAUGAGCAUUAUUUUGGCUUGGUCAAUUUCGGCAAUACCUGCUACUGCAACUCGGUCUUACAGGCACUUUAUUUUUGUCGGCCAUUUCGGGAAAAGGUUUUGGCAUACAAGGUGCAGCCUCGAAAGAAGGAAAGCCUCCUGACCUGCCUCUCUGAUCUCUUCAACAGUAUUGCCACACAAAAGAAGAAGGUGGGAGUCAUCCCACCCAAGAAAUUUAUUUCCCGCUUGAGGAAGGAAAAUGAAUUAUUUGAUAAUUACAUGCAGCAGGAUGCACACGAAUUCCUAAACUACCUACUCAACACUAUUGCUGACUUACUGCAAGAGGAGAAGAAGCAGGAGAAGCAGAAUGGGAAGCUCCAGAAUGGCAGCAUUGAGAGUGAAGAAGGAGACAAGCCUGAUCUGACGUGGGUCCAUGAAAUCUUCCAAGGAACACUAACCAAUGAAACCAGAUGUCUUAACUGUGAGGCUGUUAGUAGCAAAGAUGAGGACUUUCUGGACCUCUCGGUUGAUGUGGAACAAAAUACAUCAAUUACACAUUGUCUAAGGGGAUUUAGUAACACUGAAACUCUAUGCAGUGAAUACAAAUACUAUUGUGAGCAGUGCCGCAGCAAACAGGAGGCACAGAAGAGAAUGAGGGUGAAGAAGCUGCCCAUGAUCCUGGCUCUGCACUUGAAGAGGUUCAAGUACAUGGACCAGCUGCACCGCUACACCAAGCUGUCCUACAGGGUGGUGUUCCCGCUGGAGCUGCGGCUCUUCAACACCUCGGGGGAUGCCACCAACCCCGACAGGAUGUACGACCUGGUGGCCGUGGUGGUGCACUGUGGCAGUGGCCCAAACCGUGGGCAUUACAUCACCAUCGUGAAGAGCCACGGCUUCUGGCUGCUCUUUGAUGAUGACAUUGUGGAGGUGGGUAAGGAAAACAAAACACCCAAAACCCAUUGCAGCCCAUUUUUGGGCUCCUUUCCAUUGCUAACUUGCAUUUCACUGCUGCACUUAAGAGCUUCUCACUUUUUUUUUGGGUCACUUUUCACCAACAAAUUGUAGAAAAAAAAUUAUUUUUAGUGAUGAUGUUGAAACAGCUCAAGCAAAUUUUUCCUUUUCUGCCAACAUGUCUGUAAAGGCUGCUAUCCACAAUAUUUAUACAUCCAUGGAUUUCACUUAAUUAUUAAGCAAAUAUCAAACAGCAGAACAAAUGCCACAGCAGAGCUGCUUUUUGUAAAGAUGAAAAUGCUUUGUUUGUCUUGGAGGUCCCGUGGUCAAGGCUUGAUUAAGUGUCUAAAUAGCAAAAUCCAUGCUUGUGUUGAAAUAAAAAUGUAGGACAUUCCCCAUUUUUAAUUUUUUUCAAUCUUUGCAUGGCUUUGAGCAUCAGGGGUGGCUCCCCAGUGUGUGUGGCUGUCAGCAGUUCCCUUUUCCCCAUUUUUAUGUUAUUGGGGUCAUUUUCCUCUGUUUCUGUCAUAGUCCAAGUACAAAAUUGUGUCACCUAAUUUGGAAAUAGUGUUCAGCCCAAUAUUUUGAAAUGCAAGUAUUCUCUGUCUUUUCCAUCCAGGAGAUGAACUUCACGUUUUAAAAGAUGGAAAAUAUUUUUUCCACCCUCUUAUUAUGUAUUUGUUUUCUAUCAGUCACUUCUAUGUUAUAUCUUCACUUUUAGGGCAAAACCAAAUUUCUGUUUAUCUGCAAGCACUGUUGACACUUUCAUAGAUGUGCCAAAAAUGGCUUUUAAAUUGUGCUGUCUGUUAUUGGGCAGUAAAUCCAAGGAGCUGUCGUGUAGUUCCUCUCUUCUGGGAAAAAAACACACAUUUUUUUCCUUUAUGUUCCUUUUCUGUCUUCAAUUCUGGCUUGCUUUUGGUUUUCAAGUUCAUCUUCUUUUAUAUAUUUUUUUAAAUGCUGUAAAAACGAAGCUCUUUGGAGGGUUUAAAUUCUAGGUGUGGCCACCUAACAAAACAGGUUUGAAAAGGUGAGUGCAAAGCUCUUGUUCACAGAUAUUGCAUCUGAAAGCCAGGAAAAGCCUUUUCCCCCUGAAAUACAGAAAGCUUUCUUGCAUUUUUGGCAAGUGAUGUGAGUGAACAGCUCCAAACUGAAAAUAGGAAGGAGUUUGUCCUCAUUACCCACUAAAUGUCAGCAGUGGGGAAGGCAGAUUUAUUUGUCUGUUACGAUUUCAUGGGAGGGCCAACUCUCAAUUAAAUUGGAGAUUGAUGAUCCCCAAACAUCCUGCAGCAUAUGGGGAAACAACAAAUCCAGGGGACAACUCAGUCCAAGGGGGAUCCUGAGCCAAGCAAAAUGGAUUGAAAACCUGAGCCAGUGAUCUGUGGCUGAUCUGAGUUUGACAUUUGUCACCAGAGCAGCCAGGGGAUGCACCCAGUGCCAGAGUUUACCUGGAAACAUCAUCCAGGGAGCUCUCCACACUGAGGGGAGGCACAGAAUGGCUCUGCCUCAAAAACACCUCAGGGAUUUGAGUGCUGACACUGGGAUUGCAGAACUGCAUUUGGUUUGGAGAACCAGAAUAGAUGUCUGGAAAUGAGCAAAUCUCAGUUUUCAAAAAACAUAAUUUUUAAUGCCAGGUGAGGUUGCAGAAUCCUAAGAGUUGUAGCUUUAGAGUAACAGCCAUCCACUGGUUGUUGCUCUGCAGUUACAACUGGGUUAAACUAUAUCUGGUCAAUAAGAAUGGGAAGAACAGAAUCUAUAUAAUCCCCUUUCAGUUCCACUCUGUUUUCUGUGCAUAGUGAAAUUAAAGAAGGAAGUCAGUUUUUCUGUGCUGAAACUAAAAAUAUCUGAGGCAUGAAUUAAUAUGGAUCAAAUGUUUGAGUUGCAUUCAGGAUGAGUAGUGGAAAUAGGCUUGAUUGCAUGGCAAGUGAGCUGGCACUUAAAAUAAAACAUGUUUGACUUGUCUGCUAAAUAUACUGCAGGAGCUGAGGAGUGUUCUUUCACUGUAUUUCUGUUAAAAUGUGCCUCUAACAGUCUGGAGUAACGUUAUGUUAAUAAAUGGUGUGAAAAUGCACCAGUCUCAGCAGGGGCUUUCAGCUUCCCCUCACUCCUUGAAUGGAGAAAAGACAAAAUAUCUGUUAGGGGGAUUUUUUCCCCUCUAAUUUUUUAAGAGAAGGUGUUUAACAAAACCCUUCCAGAGAGAAUUUCUGCAGUUGAUGCAUCCUCUGAAAACUCCUGUCUGUUUUUUCUUGUGCUGGGAAAAGGCUGCUCCCAGCUCAGUGCUGUUUGGCAGUGCCACAGGGAGAAGCCAGUGCUGCUGAGCUCGUGGUGAUGCCAAAAUCUGCUCAGGGAGCAGAGAUUUCACCUUCUCCAAGUGGGUUCUGCAGCUUAAAAGAGGAGGGUCCCUUUCUUUUGAGGUGUAAUCACAGGUUGGUCUCUGCUCCUCCUCAGGUGGGCAGGUGUUCCACCCAGAGCUUCUUGUGUUUGCAACGUUCCUUUACUUCCUCAACUUUGUUCCUUGGGAGUAAAAGGAAACUUGAGGUUCAUCUCCUCCUCAGCCUCUCAUUUCUGGGGAUCCAGAGUCCUAAAGGGAUUAAAAAACUCCAUCUCAGUGGAGUGCUGAGCAGCACAGGUGCCUGGGAAUGUUUUAUUCCAGUCCCUGGGCUGCAGGAUCCAGCUCACUGGUGGGAAGCCAGUUGUGCUCAGGACCUGGACCAGGAUAUCUUAAAAAACCCUUUAAAAUUCCCUCCAGUUGCUGCUUGGAGUAUGAGAGCAAAGCAGCUUUUCUGCACAGAGGUCACAACUUGAAAUACAAACAGAUUUUCUUAAGACACAAACCUUGUGGUAAUACUCCAGAAGGCUUUGCUUGGUAGAAAAGCUCUUUUAUGACCAAAGAUCAUAAUUAGAUGAUACCCACAGAGCUCAGGAAGCACUUGCAGGAUUUUUCUCCUUAAAAGGGUCACAAUAACUUUGAAAUGUGGAGUUAUUUUAGCUGAAUUUUCAAUCUACACAUCUGUACAAAAACCUUCUUGCCUGAUUAGUGACUGAUUUUUUUUCUUUUAUUAUAAAAUACUCAGGCAAGGUACCAGCAUGAGAAAAGCAAAUAUAGGAAUAUCUUGUAGUCCUUUAAGGAUCCAUUUUCAUGGAUCACUUGUUUUGUAGUCCAGCCUAGGACUGCAUCCCUUCUAAGAAGUUUAUUAUUUCAUCCUCAUUUCCUGUUUUUUCAAUAGUCAGUAAGUCAUUAAGUGGGGAAAAAAAUGUUUUGUUGGAUUGAAUGAUGUUGGAGUGUCACCAUGUCAGCACUGCUUGGCUUUCCAGAUCACCUCCAAGAGCUGGGAACAAUGGUUUAUCUGGGAAAAGGCUUUUAGGGUGGUGAUGUGAUUGAAGCUAAUUC